CUUGCUCUAAACAUAAUUCCUAACCUCAAUUAUCAGAGCUUUUUGUACAUGGCUGAUACCGGAUUCCUUUCCUUCUGAGGAUUUUUGUCUCGUUUUUCUCUUCACGUCCAGCGCUUCGCAACAUGGGGGACCAAAAAUCUGAUUCUGAAUUGGACACAGCUAGCAUCCGCACGAAAAUUCCGCAGGCAAAAUUUGUGGACGAUGUUGAUAAAUUUUUAGAGCUUCCUGAAAACAAUGGCAGUGUUGAAACUGCUUUGAAUUUGCUAGGCGAUCAGAGAACACAGUAUUUAUCACUGGAGUGUAAUCUUCUAGGCAAGAGGAAUAGAUUGAAAUUCCAAAUCCCAGAUCUGGAGAAAUCACUGAAGAUUAUCCAAAUGCUUCAGAAGCAGCAGUCUAGUGAAUCAGAUAUCGACACACAUUUUCUUCUUUCUGAACAAGUUUAUAUGAGGGCAUCUGUGCCUCCAAGUAAAAAAGUCUGCCUCUGGCUAGGAGCAAAUGUAAUGUUAGAGUAUACUUUAGAGGAUGCUAUUGCUACAUUAUUGAAGAACAUAGAAUCAGCUAAAACAAAUCUGCAUCACAUCGAUGAAAGUUUAGUAUUUUUAAGGGAUCAGUUUACAACGACUGAGGUGAACAUGGCGCGCGUAUUCAACUGGGAUGUCAAAAGGAGACAGGCUGCCAAAGCAUCUAACAAACAAUCUUAAUUACUCAUAACCUUGAGGAAUCUAACUUCUCACUCACAACAUGGGUGCAACUUAACCAUAUUUUUAACCUAGCUUAAUAUCUUCUUUUUCUCCCCCAUUUUUUAAUUAUUUGUUGUCCUUUUAAGUUAACAAAGAGCUCUUUAUUUCAUAUAAGUUAAAAAAAAGUUAAUUUAAAGUAAAUUUUAAAGUUAUUUUUUUUUGUCCUUCAAUGAAGUUUUUAACUCAGGAGUCUGCUUUAUUCAUGUAUUUACUUAAUUUAUACAUAAGAGCCUCUAAGUAUGUACAUGCAUUAAAAAUCUGUACUACCAAAAA